AUACUUGAUGCGGUCAGAACCGUGGGUUUACCGGGGUAUUUUAUCACGGCUUAGAACGCGUUUCAACCAAUCAGAAUGAAGAACCAGAACGAGCCGUUUUAUAAUUUACGUUUUACAACCUAAACGUGCCAAAUAUAUUGUAGCUACAAUGUUUUUAAAAUGUCCUUUUUGUUUAUAUUUAGCGUGUGUGUUUUUGACGCAUAGUUGUUUUGCUAAAUCCAUAAAGCAGUGAACGUCUUCUCUCUCCAGUACAGCAGGAGGCGCUGCAGCUCUUUAGUCCGCGGAUAAACUCACGUAAGACAAAAAGGAAGAAAGAGCGCACGUGUGAUGUGUUUGUGUAUGCUCAACGUUUUCUCUCUUGAGUUUAAACAGUCUCUUGCCUCUGAGUAUUUUAACGUUGAUAAUGAGUAAACAGAGCUUACAGGAGGAUCAAACCUCCACAGAGUCUCUGGAUUCUGUCUGUAACGCUGGAGAACAGCAGCAGAUCCUGCAGACCAAACUGAAGAUGUGUUCAGUCAAACUUAUCGACUGCAGGAACAUCAUGAUGAAAAAAAAAACUAAACCCACAAAAGAGAAAGAUCACACUAAGGCAUCAGGUGUGAAGAGUAACUCAUGUUUGGAUAUAGAAAUAACGUCCUCAACAUCAAAAGAGCGACUGACAGCACAAAGUUUUUCCUGCAUCACCUGUGGAAAGACAUUCCGCUUAAAGAGAUAUUUAAAGACACAUGAGAAGAAACUUCAUUCAGAAGAGCACAGAGAGAAAAAGAAGCAGCAGUUUCCCUGUGAGCAGUGUGGGAUUAUUUGUUGCAAUAAAUUUAAUCUAAUAGGUCACAUGAGGAUACACAGUGGUGAAAAGCCUUUCUGCUGCACUGAAUGUGGAACUUACUUCAGAAUGAAAGGAUCUCUUAAAAGACAUCAGAGAAUUCACACUGGAGAAAAACCGUACCCAUGCUCUCAGUGUGACAAGACGUUUGCUAAUUUAGGUCUCUUAAAAGUCCACCAAAGGCAUCAUACUGGAGAGAAACCUUACGUUUGUGCUCACUGUGGAAAGCGCUUCUCUAGUUCAUCUCAAUGUAUCGUUCAUAAAAGAGUUCAUACUGGAGAGAAACCUUAUCACUGUAGUGUCUGCGGGAAGAGUUUUAGUAAUCUGGAAAACAUGCAAAGGCACAAGAGAACUCACACGGGUGUAAAACCUUUUAAUUGCUCUCAGUGUGACAAGAUGUUUGCUCAGUUAGCUCACUUAAAAGCCCAUCAGAGAGUUCACACAGGAGAGAAACCUUAUCACUGUAGUGUCUGCGGGAAGAGUUUUAGUGGACACAGUUCCUUACGAAAUCACAAGAGACUUCAUACAGGUGAUAAACCUUUCAAAUGCUCUCAGUGUGACAAGACGUUUACUCAUUCAUGUUACUUACAAAUCCAUCAGAGAGUUCAUACUGGAGAGAAACCUUAUCACUGUAAUCUCUGUGGGAAGAGUUUUACUGGAAAUCCUAGCUUAAAAAGUCACAAGAGAAUUCAUACAGGUGAAAGACCUUUCAAAUGCACUCAGUGUGAAAAGACUUUUUCUUAUUUAGGUUACUUAAAAACCCAUCAGAGAGUUCAUACGGGAGAAAAACCUCAUCAGUGUAGUGUCUGUGGGAAGAGUUUUGGUCAUAAGUCUGCCUUGCAAAGGCACAAGAGAGUUCACACAGGUGAAAAACCUUUCAAAUGCUCUCAGUGUGACAUGACGUUCACUCAUUUAGGUGCCUUAAAAUCCCAUCAGCGAGUUCACACUGGAGUAAAACCUUACUUCUGCACUCGAUGCGACAAGAGCUUUUCUAAGUCAUCUCUAUUCAGAGUUCAUCAAGAGAAAGUUCAUACUGGAGAGAAACCUUAACACUAUAAUGUUUGUAGGAAGAGUUUACCUCCCACUCCCCUCCCCUGUUGCAAGUCAUUUUUUUAUAUGGUGUACUGAUUAUGUGUUUAUGUUGCUGAGGUGUUUUUCCUGUUCCCACAGGAUCAUAUAGUCUGGGGGUUGUUUUUUCUCUUUCUUUCUUUGUGUCCUGUCCCCCCCAUUGUCAUAUUGUAUGUAUUGUAUAUAUGGGCAGGUUGAUGGGUAAUUUCGCUGGUACCUAUGACCAGUGACAAUAAAGUACUACUACUGCUACUUCUGCUACU